CUCCAAAGGUUGAGAGCCAGAAACAACACCUUUGCUUCCUUGCUAGAUUCUUCCUUGAUCAACAAGCAAGAAAUUCAAGGAGAAGAGUAGAAGGAUGAUGGAGAAUCAGGGGAGUUGUUUGAUACACAAUUCACUGAUUUUCUCAAUGAUCUUGGAGAUUACAGCAUCUCCAAUGGCUACUACAUCAGUAAUACUACUGCAAAUGCUUGUGAUUACUUGACAAAGAGUCUUGAAUCAUGUUUAACAAAGAAGGCGGAUUCUAGUGGGAGAGAUUUGGGGUUAGAUUAUUGCAAUUUCAGUGAUGCUGCUCAAUCUUCCAGGUGUGACAACAUUGUUGAAGAAGGACUUGAUAUGGAAGCACUUGAUUUUCAUUUUGUGGAUGACAUUGGAUCAUCCAGUUAUUACUCUGCCUUCGAGAUGGCUGAAGAGAUUGAAGAGCCAGUGGAGGCAGAGAAUUUCUCGAACAAGCCCUCAGUGUUAAGAGCUGCCAUGAAGAGAAUGAAGUACGAGAGGAAGUUCUCUACUUUUUAUGCUUUCAAUGGAAUACCAGAGUGUUUGAGGCUAAGGCUCGGGUUAGAAAAUGUCAAGGGUGGAAGAGUAAAAGCUGAACUGUCAAUUCAAAGUCUAGAGGACAAGAAAGGUGAAGGAAAUGAAAAUGAAGUGAUGGGGAAGAAAGUGGAGGAGAGCCUGGAUUCUCCCAGCAGCUCAAUGGAAACAGGAUCUUCUUCAAGCCAUGAAGGUGAAUUUUGUCUGUGGAGCUCGCUUGAUCUUCCAACUAUCUAUUAACUGAUGGAUAUAACUGGUAUUGCUUCAAUUCCCGAUGUUAGUUCUGAUAUUCUGAGAUAGGUUGAGGGAACAAUGGCAUAGACAUGUAAUGAUGAGUUUAUAAUCCUGAAAUUUGUUCUUUCUUUCAUGUUCAUGAACCAUGAAUUUUAUGAGCAGUUAUUCUAAUUUCUGUUACUUAAUCAAGAUAGAUAGAGACUUGUGAAAGCCAAUAAAGCAUUUGUGUAGUG